AUGGUCGGCCCAAGUAGCCUGCUACAGGUUCUGGCCUCAUUGUCCUUUCUCCCCGCCCUUCUCGCGCUGCCCUCGCGGAAUGCAGCGCCUAAACAACUGGUGCUUGUCCCCGACGCGGCGCGCCAAGCCCCCCCGACGAUGCCGAUGCCGGGCAAGAACGAGUCGGGCCAUGGUCAUUUCAGCAAGUGGUCACGUCAGACCAAGAAGCAGUUCCUCCACGAUCUGUCGUAUGCACCGGCCAAGGCACAGGAUUGGGUCAUCGUGAUGGGUCGGUCUCUCUUCUUUCGAGUCGUGGCUCGUGCUUUGUCGUAUUCGGCUCCUUCGGGAGUCCGUGAGUUGACGAAUGUUUGCUUUGCGGUGGGCGCUAUAGGGAACGAAGCGGGCGAUUUGGACUCGAUGGUCUCGGCUUUGGCCGUGUCGUAUACGAUGAUGCACCUCAAGAAACCUGUCAAGGCUGUUGCACUCCUGCAGACAGAGCAAGGUACGUCACCGAUCAACGAUCAACGCGGCGCUGUUUCGCACGUUUCUACGGAUCGGACAUGAGAAAGGUUCAGGUCAGCUGAUCUCGAGGCGAAAAUAUCUGCUUCUUCGAUCUGAUGUCCACUAGACGCGCUUUACCUUCGACCCGAGGUAAGUCAAAUCCAAGUCACAGUCUUUCAAGUCUUUCAAGCCUUUCAGUAGACUGAGAAUCCUGUUAUGUCCCUCACAGAACUCGUUGGCCCUUCACAAGGCGCGCAUGGCUUCCCACCAUCGGGAUCUACUCACGAUCGACGAGUUGCCGAUCAAGCCUCAAGACAUGUGGCAUCGCAUCAAGGGGAUCGCACUAGUCGAUCAUAACGUCCCAACUUCGGUCUGGGGCAACACGACCGUCGUUUCCAUCAUUGAUCAUCACACCGAUCGCGGAGUAGCUCCCCACGCCUCACCACGUAUCGUUGAAGUGACGGCCAGUUGCACCUCGCUCGUAGCCAAGUGGAUGCUCGACCUGUUCGACUCGGGCAAAGCGCAGGCCAAGAACGAUCAUUUGCCCCAUGAGCUGAUCGAAAUCAUGUUGAGGACGAUUGCGAUUGAUUCAUCGGGGUUGAAGAAGGCUACACCUGUUGAUGAGGAAGCGACGUUGGGCCUGUGGGCCAAAUCCAAAUGGAGCAAGCACCACUUUGAGCCACUCGAACCUUUCGUACGAUCUCAGGCCGCCGGAGAUGUCAAAGAAAUCGAUGAAGAAAUCAAGAACCGUAUGAAGGCGAUCGACGACGAGCUUUCGCAAGCCAAAAAGAACCUCACCGGUCUCGAUGUACGAGCCUUGCUCCGAAGGGACUGGAAGGGCGGAGUUCUCACCACCAAAUCGGAGAAGUACCCCCACCUCUCCCUCGGAUUCGCUUCGGCCCCUGUGUCAUUGGCCGAACAAAUCGAACGAACGCCCGAAGGUUCCCCGCAAGAAUGGUUCGCGAUCGAGCGGGCUUGGACGGCCGAGAUUGGUGCCGACGUCUCGGUUUGCUUGACUUCGUUCGAGAACGAGAAGGGCAAGAAGACGCGCGAGUUGGCGCUUGUCGUGGCGCACGGGUUCGGAAAGAGGUUGCACGAACAUGCCGCAGAUUCGUUGUUCCAGGUAAGAGGCCGGAGUCGUCAAUGAAAGCUCUGCUCGAAGCGGGUUUCGGGUUUUCGUGCUGACGCGCGGCCGCUGCCCGUAUUAGACCCUCAAAAAAUCCAUCGAGAACGCCGGGGUCGAAGAUUUGCAAGUAUGGGAGCGCCCAGACGGUACGUGCCCCUCGAGAUCUCAGCUUUUUACGGGGUUUUCUUGCUCACGUUCAAUCACCCCGUUCCACAGGCAAACCCCUAUUGCCACGACGAGCCGUCUACCGACACCACGACAGCACCGCGUCGAGGAAGAUGUGGCGACCAGGUACGUGUUGGAAGACCUGCAGCUACAGAGACAGGGUGGCACACUGAUCUUUUGCUCUUUCUGGCUGCGUGCAGUGAUUGAGAAGGCCGCGAUGGAGUGGACGGGCGAUGAUGUCGAUGACGAUGACCCGUAUCAACGUCGUCAUAAGCACCACGAUCUGCUUUGA